CAGUGAAAUGCAGAUAUGAGUGUGUGUGUGUGUUUUUUUUCCUUUUUUUUUAUUAUGGGAUAGACGCAGCACAGCGUGCGAGAGCAAAUCCCAUUCAAACAGGUGUGAAGAGCAGGAACAAUUCCAGGCGGCGUGUGUCGAUCUCGGAUACGCGGCCAUAAAAGCAGCGCAGUCUCAACAUCUUUGAGCUUUUUUGGAAAGGUUGAAAAAAACGAAAGAACCCACACACGGAAACGUGUUAGCAGUAAGAAAGUGGGUCAAUAGGAACUGAGAGCAACGUUUGUUUCCACGCUUUUGUCUGUGUUCUUUGUUGGGGUUUUUUUUUUCUCUCCCCUCUCUCUGCCUCAGCGCUGAGGCUUUUACGCACAGGUGGGAGAGACCCGCUCGGCGUGUAGGACAGCCCCCCUCUCUGCUCCUCAGCCCAUGGUGAUGUGAGGAAGUGACAUUUUUUUUCCUCUUCCUCCUCCUCCUCCUCCACCUCCACCACCACCGCUGCGGUUCGGGACACCACAGCGCUUGCCUCUCUCUGCAAACAGGUGUGCUUCCGUCCGGGUCACUUCUGCUGGGAGCAACCACCAAGGGGGGAGGGGGGUGAGGAGGACUGCGUCCCACCACAUAUCCUGAACCCAGACUCCGAGAGACGCGGGACCGGCACCGGCAGAGACCGGCGGAUGAAAAAUCGACCCGGCCGAUAGUCCUCUUUAUUCGCCUGGGCUGUUUGAACGGGUUCAGACGGAGCGACUGAGAGAGAGAGAGAGAGAGAGAGAGAGAAAAGGAGGGGAGGGAAAGGAGAGAGAGAAGGGGGGAGCGAUGGCAACGAAAAAGGCGUGCGUGGAUGUCUCCAAAAGGAGCCGGAGUCCGGUGGUGCUGGAGGCGGAGAUGUUUAGUGAAUUUCAGGACUGGUGUCUCCGGACUUAUGGAGACUCGGGCAAAACUAAAACGGUCACCAGGCGAAAAUAUAACAAAAUCAUGCAGACACUGUUGCAGAGCGACGAGUCGGACGUCGGCGUGUACGUGGAUAACAGCCACAUCAACGCCAAAUUCAAAUUCUGGGUGAAGUCCAAGGGAUUUCAGGUCGGGACUAACGUUUUGGGAGAGCACAACAAGAAAGGGGCGCCAGGGAAACCCGUCCUGUAUGUGCCGGUCAAGUCAACGUGUUCAGAUGGAAAUUCAGCCCAGGACAACUCCUCCCUGAAGCGCGUCGCUGUGGUCGAAGAUUUCUUUGACAUCAUCUAUGCCAUGCACGUGGAGAUGGGCGCCGACCCUGGCAGAGCGCCGAAGCACGCAGGUCAAAAGAAGACCUACAAGGCGAUAGCUGAGACAUACGCCUUCCUGCCCAGAGAGGCGGUGACUCGGUUCCUAAUGAGCUGUGGAGAGUGUCAGAAGAGGAUGCACAUCAACCCCAGCACGGCAGAGUUCAAAGAAAAUGACAGACCAACCUCACUGGCCCCGGACCUCAUUGAUUACAACAUGCCUCUGACUGCCACCUACCUGAAACAAAUGAAACUGCAGUGCAUGAACACCAAUGAAAGGGAUGACAGUUCAGUGAGCAGUGAGGACAUGAACGGCACUGAGCCCACGUGGGUCGCAGCUGAGCAGCCGUCGGUGCCAGAGUCCAGUCCAGCUAAUGAAGAACAAGCCAACAACACAGCAGCAGCUGUGAAGGAGGAAGACGACGAUGAUUCCUCUGUGAGCAGCAGUGCUAACGGGCUGCCGGCCCUGACCUCCCCGGAGGUUCUGACUGUCGCUGGGAACCACCCAGAUGGUGGGCUUCCGUACGUGGAGGUGGUGGAGAACGGUGUCAGUGCCCCCCUGGACUUCAGCACCACCUCGUCCUCACCGUCCUCAGACGACCAGCAGCCGGUCAAUCUGAGCGAUCGGCUGACGGGCGGCUCACUGUCAAAUACCUACGCCGCGGAGCCCAACAGGAAGUACCCCGUCAAAACAGAGUACACCAACAAGUCUCCUCCCUACAGUUCAGGAAGCUACAACUCGGUGAAAACUGACGUCAGCAUGAGCGUCGAGGACCUGAGCUCCGGCCGAGCGCAGAUCAUCGAUGACGAUGACGAUGAGCACGACGACCACGACGACAGCGACAAGAUUAACGAUGCCGAGGGCAUGGACCCCGAGCGACUUAAAGCCUUCAACAUGUUUGUGCGCUUGUUCGUCGAUGAGAACCUGGACCGCAUGGUGCCCAUCUCCAAACAGCCAAAGGAGAAGAUCCAGGCCAUCAUUGAGUCGUGCACCCGCCAGUUCCCAGAAUUCCAGGAGCGCUCCCGCAAGCGCAUCCGUACCUACCUCAAAUCCUGCCGUCGGAUGAAAAAAGGAGGUUUUGAGAUACGACCAACACCUCCUCACCUUACCUCUGCCAUGGCUGAGAACAUUCUUGCCUCUGCCUGUGAGAGCGAGACCAGAAAUGCUGCCAAGAGGAUGAGGCUCGACACCUAUCAGGCUACGGACGAGCCGCCGUCUGCUGACAAAUCCAACCUAAGGGACCCAGCCCCCGCCGCUCCCACAGCAUUUUCUAUCUCCAGUGCAGCUUUUGCCCAGGACCAAGCCUAUACCAACGGAGGCCUCAACUACAACCUGCGAGGGUAUGGGUCGGUCAACAGCAGCAACCAGCAGCACUCUGGAGCAACGCAAACCAAUGGUCCCACCGAUCUGAGUAUGAAGUCCGUGGGCCCAAACUCCUCCUCUAGCUCUAACAGUCAUGGUCAGGGCGGUGGCAGUGGCGGGGCGUCAGCUCAGCUCAGCCCUCCAGAGGUCACGGCGGUCAGGCAGCUCAUCGCAGGGUACCGGGAGUCCGCGGCCUUCCUCCUCCGCUCGGCCGACGAGCUGGAGAACCUGAUCCUGCAGCAGAACUGAGUCUAAGCCACACAGUGCCAAGACCCUCUCGAGAACAUUCCGUCUGUGUCGCCCUCACUCACACACACACACACACACUCACACACACACACACACACACACCCGGGCACAACUUCACUCACAAAGACACAAACGUACGCGGCUGACACCGCAGCACACGCUGGGUCCUGUCGGUGUGGCGCCUUUACUCGUUCCUCUCAUCUCUCAUCCCGACAGGCCAGAACCUACGACAGGCUGGAAAAUAUUUAUUUAUGCAUUUGCUUCACUUUGACCUUAGUGCCCUCUUCUCUGUAGCCAUUUACCCCCAUUCAUGUUCUUUUUACCAUCCCAACCUCCAUUUGUCUCAGGAAGUGAAAAACUACGAUAGAAAAAAAAAA